AUGACAUAUAAGUCCCGCAAGCCCCGUCGACGUUCACAAGCGUUCCCAGAAGGCGAAGACGAACGGACAGUGGAAGUCGUCGACGUUAACGAACCUCAAGACUUUGCCAAGAGUCCUGAAUCAGACGAGCUCACGGACGAACGAAAGAAAGAGCUCGAGGUUUGGGACGCGUUCAAGGAAGAAAAUCAUGAAGUACUCGAACAACUGCCCCUGUCCAUCCAUCGCCAGCUCAAACUCAUCCGCGAGUUAGAUGCCCAAAAUGAAGCGUUCUAUGUAGACUUGCUGUCGUCAGUGAGAAGAUACGUGGAACUUAGGAAGCAUCUUGUGCGACAGCUUGUAGAGGCCGUCAUUGACAGUGCAGUGCCCAGUAGUGUGGGCCAAAGUGUGGACUCGGAUUCUUCUGCUCGCAAUUUAACCAACGGCGACGCCGGUCGUACCCUCGAUGGCCCUGGUACCACCGUACAAGUCGGCACGUCGUUUCAGCCUGUUCAUGGUGAAUCGACACAGAGUGUUCUGCAACACAUUGCGCAGGUAUCCGAAGAGUCGUUGCGCGCAGCAGAGGAGAAGGUGAGCAUUGCCCAAACGGCGCACGAAACCGUCGACCGGCACAUCAGACUUCUGGAUCAAGCUAUCAAAGAACAAGAAGCUGCCAUAUCUCUUGGCAUGCGCCCUGGUACGCACCUUGCACCCAUCCUACUUCCAGAUAUCGUAGCGGUACCGCGAUGGGCGCGUCCCUCUCACGUUGAGCAUAGUCCGCUCGCUCUUACACCCGAACCCGAACCUCCUGUCGACGGCCAUGUCGUCGUCAGCGAAGUUGGUCCGUUAGCCUCCGCUUCACUGGUGCCCAAGAAACUGAAGAAAACUGUCGUCCAUGAGCCAGAAACUCCAGAAGCACCAAUUCCACCUGCAGCUGCAGAGGCACCCAGGACCCGAAGAGGUGUUAGACUGACAAUGCCUAGUCAGCCCACCCCUCAGGGGCCACCAAUUUCCGCCGACCCAAACGAAAGGAGAUAUUGCUAUUGCCACCAGGUAUCCUUUGGAACGAUGAUUGCUUGCGACAAUAAGAGUUGUAAGCUGGAGUGGUUUCAUCUUGGAUGCACAGGCCUUUCGGAAUUACCGAGCAAGAAGUCGAAGUGGUAUUGUCGUGAGUGCAAGCCGAAGAUGGUGCAAAGGGGGAGGCAGCGAUCCUAA